GUCCCCGCUCUCGCACGUUGAAGUUUGUCAAUCUGAUCAUGAUGGUACACAACGAAACCGGUUUUCUCGGUGCAUGAUGUGAUACCGGUCCAUCGGUGAAUCAUCCUCCAUUCAUGGCCCGCAGCAUGCUGGCGCACAGUAACUGUUGUGCUCCUCGGCCUUUCUCGACCGAAUGAUAAGAUGGGCGAACAAGACUUGCUGCAUAGUUGAGAGAUCCAAGAUCCAUCAUCGUCUGCCAUUCUCUGUUCAGGAGAGAGAAGAGUUUCCGUCAAUCUGCAGAGCAUUAAAACGAGCGACAUUUCUGUUCAUUAAGCGACGACAUCAUGCGUCAAUUAUCACAGACAAAAGUUGGUAAAGAGUCCGCGCGCACCGGAGGGGAAUUUAAGUGGGGAGCGAUUGAGUUUGCGUGCGUACGUUGCGUUCUGGGAGGCCCGUCCACAGUAAUUCAAAAUCUUCGCGCACACCAUUAAAUGGCGUUAACACUAACGCUUCAUCUUCCCCACGAUCCCAUUUCUGUCCAAGACUCGGUCUUCUCUCUAGUUUGAACUUCCUCUCUCUCUCUCUCUCUCUCACCGUCUCUGUCCCUUUUCUUCUUUUUCCAAGUUGUAAGCCUUAUGGGGUGAUUUUUUGGGUGGUCUCGUGCUGAUUCCUAUGCUCUGUUCUGAGGGUUGCUCUGCUUGUUGAAUCUUCUGUAUACCCUUUCGGGUUUUCAAGUAAAAUGGAAACCGAAGAGAAGGUCUCAGAGAAGGAGCAAGAAGAUGUGAUCACUGGUGACGCAACAGUAGUCAUUCCCAUUCAUAAGGUCGAAGAUUUGAUGGGAGUAGCCCAAGAAGCUCCACGGGUUCAUCAUUGGCGAAAACAAAACCUUUUCCUAGAUAUACCUUCAAGGAAGAUGGGAAUGUGUACUCACGACAAUGUCGUGAUCAGAAUGCCACCGACACCGGGUGCCACCCCUAAGAGAGUAAAUUUUCUGUUAACACCGAGCUCGAACGAAACGAGAAAUAAUGAUGCGUCUCCAGGUCCCUCUUCUUCUAGGGGCAAAUCAUCCAUAAAGAACUUAUUGCCUAUGUUGAGCUUCAUUCACCGAAAUUCAGCAGCAGACGCCGAGAAAGCUGCCAAUCCAGAACCAGAUGCUUCCUUCACAGGACUAAGGGAAAAACCUUCCAUAGCUAGGUCGCUGUCACUCACGAAGUUAUUUACUCCUAGAAUGAAGAGAGCAUCUUCGCUACCGGCGACUCCAAUUGGGAACUCUGGCAAAGAAUCCUCGCACAGCGAAAGAGUGUGUAGUACUCCCCAGCCCAGUUCAACAGGACCUCGAAGAACAAUUCUGCGGUCACUUUCCGUUCCUGUCAACGACAAAGAGAAAAACAUUAGGAGAAUGGACUCUUUCUUCCGAGUAAUACCUUCUACACCGGGUCGAAAGGAAGGAGACGCAAUGCCUAACAUGUCUCAGACAGUUGAUCACGCAAAUGACGCUGACGGUGAAGACAUACCCGAAGAAGAGGCGGUUUGUAGGAUUUGCUUGGUCGAAUUGUGCGAGGGCGGGGAGACUCUCAAGAUGGAAUGCAGCUGCAAAGGCGAACUGGCUCUAGCCCAUAAAGAAUGCGCUGUGAAAUGGUUUAGCAUCAAAGGUAACAAGACUUGCGAUGUGUGCAAACAGGAAGUUCAGAAUCUGCCUGUGACUCUUUUGAGAAUACAAAGCAUCCGCAAUCGAACCGGGGAGGGUGCUCGAGUUCACCAGGAAGAUCUUAGUCGAUACAGGCUGUGGCAGGAACUGCCGGUCCUCGUCAUCGUGAGCAUGCUCGCCUACUUUUGUUUUCUUGAGCAGCUCUUGGUUUCAAAGAUGGGUACCGGCGCAAUUGCCAUAUCUCUUCCAUUCUCAUGUGUUUUAGGUCUCCUAGCGUCCAUCACUUCAUCAACGAUGGUGAAGAGCAGAUAUGUCUGGGUUUAUGCGUCUUUCCAGUUUGCCUUGGUGUUUCUCUUCGCUCAUGUAUUUUACUCUUUGGUUCAUCUGCUAGCUGUCCUAUCAGUUCUCUUUGCAUCUUUUGCUGGUUUCGGUGUUGCAAUGAGCGCGAGUUCGGUCCUUGUCGAGUUCUUGAGAUGGAAGAGAAGAUGGCAUGCCCAUUCUGUACAAUCUCGCCGUGCUCAGGUGGCAACGCACCCAGGCCAGGUUCCACGGGGAUAUCCGGAUUCACCCUGGGAAGGAUCCUCUCUGAGCCAUCCGACCCAAGUGAACAACCCGGAAACGUUUAGCGGGAGAUGAACCGGUCGGUACUCUGUAGCCAAAUCACGCAACAUUCGAUUUGGCUGAUUACAAGCAGUUCCGGGCCGAAUUUUUCUGUAGUUUGUGUGGAAAGAUGCUGCAAUAUAUGUGCUAAACAGGCGGUUUCCUUUCGGAACUAUUACAAUCAUCGCGGUUGCGACUUGUGGCUGGCUUACGAGCUGUAGAUAGUCGAUUUUGUCCAGGUCUUAAUGUCUUAGGCAUUCGGUUUAUGGAUUAUGCUAGGAUUCGGCCCCGGUCACUCCAUUCCGACUUCACAUGGGAUGAACGAAAUAAGACUUGCCGUUUUGCAAAAUUACUUUCUUCAGUAAGGAUGGGCAUUAAAUAUGGAGCGAUUGUUGUUAGGGGUGAUCGGUUUUGAUCCGUUAAUCGAGGAAUCCAAUGAAACCGGUUACAUGUGCUUGAAACAUAUAUUCACAUUUUAAAUGUGUAGAAUUAGCCCUAAUAAUUAAGAUUUUAA